UUCUUCUUCUUCUUCUUCUUUUGGGGAAGUGAGUGUUGUGUCAAAAAUGGGGUUCGAAUUAGAUGCUGUGGUUUCGAAAUUGCAAAAUCUUGCCACUUCUGAUCAUUCCUCUGUGGUGUCAAUGAACAUCUUUGUUGCACUUCUGUGUGCUUGUAUUGUUAUUGGCCAUCUUCUUGAGGAAAAUCGGUGGAUGAAUGAAUCUAUCACUGCCCUUUUGAUUGGCGUUUGCACUGGUGUGUUCAUUUUGCUGGUCAGUGGUGGUACACACUCGCAUAUUCUUGUCUUCAGUGAAGAUCUUUUCUUCAUAUACCUUCUUCCACCUAUAAUAUUCAAUGCCGGGUUUCAAGUGAAAAAGAAGCAGUUCUUUGUUAACUUCAUCACCAUCAUGAUGUUUGGUGCAGUUGGUACAUUAAUAUCGUGUACCAUCAUAACCUUCGGUGUUACACAAAUUUUCAAGAGGAUGGAUAUUGGUCCUAUGGAAAUAGGGGACUAUCUAGCAAUUGGUGCAAUAUUUGCCGCAACAGAUUCUGUGUGCACAUUGCAGGUGCUAAAUCAAGAUGAGACACCUUUAUUGUACAGUCUUGUAUUUGGGGAGGGUGUUGUGAAUGAUGCCACAUCAGUGGUGCUUUUCAAUGCAAUCCAAAGCUUUGACCUUGAGCAAAUUGACCCGUCAAUUGCUUUGCAAUUUAUUGGCAACUUCUUGUAUCUGUUUCUCACAAGCACAUUGCUUGGAGUUGGGGCAGGGCUGCUUAGUGCUUACAUUAUAAAGAAGCUGUAUAUUGGCAGACACUCUACAGAUCGUGAGGUUGCUCUCAUGAUGCUCAUGGCAUACCUCUCCUACAUGGUGGCCGAGUUGUGCUAUCUGAGUGGCAUUCUCACUGUAUUCUUUUGCGGAAUUGUUAUGUCUCAUUAUACUUGGCAUAAUGUGACAGAGAGCUCAAGAGUCACCACCAAGCACGCAUUUGCAACCAUAUCGUUUGUUGCUGAGAUAUUUCUCUUCCUUUAUGUUGGUAUGGAUGCCUUGGACAUUGAAAAGUGGAGUUUUGUCAGUGAUAGACCUGGAACAUCAGUAGCAGUGAGUGCAGUAUUGAUGGGUCUAGUACUUGUUGGAAGAGCAGCUUUUGUUUUCCCGUUAUCGUUCUUAUCCAACUUGGCCAAAAAGUCAUCAAGCGAGAAAAUCACUUUCAGGCAGCAAGUGAUUAUUUGGUGGGCUGGUCUUAUGAGAGGUGCUGUUUCAAUGGCACUUGCAUAUAAUCAGUUCACUAUGUCCGGGCAUACACAACAGCAAUCCAAUGCUAUCAUGAUCACCAGCACCAUCACAGUUGUGCUUUUCAGCACAGUGGUGUUUGGUUUGAUGACUAAACCACUCAUAAUGCUUUUGCUGCCUCCAAACCCUCAUAAAGGUACAAGCUCCACGAACAGCAUAUUGAGUCCAAAAUCAGUUACUGUCCCACUUCUAGCCCAAGAAUCUGAAGCUGAUCUUGAAGGCCAUGAAGUUACUCGCCCAAGCAGUAUUCGCAACUUGCUAACCAGGCCAACACACACCGUCCACAGAUUAUGGCGUAAGUUCGACGAUUCAUUCAUGCGCCCCGUUUUCGGCGGCAGGGGUUUUGUUCCUGUAGAGCCUGGUUCUCCAACUGAACGCAAUGGCCAUGGAUGGCAUUGAGAAGGCCAGAAAACAAAAUAUUUAUGAUGUGUUGUAAGCUGCUUAAAAUUUUGUGCAGAUAAAAAAUGCGUGUAUGAAGAACCACCUUACUGAAAUUUUGUUAAGCUGUGUGUGUAUGGUGAUCAGAACUUAGACAACUAUGUAACAUAGUUCAUCGCUGCCUAUCUUGUAAGUUGUAAAGCUUAUGAAUUAUAUUUGUAUUUAAUUGUUUGUAGAUUCUAAUUAUUAUAAAAUUUGUCGCAAAAGUUGUGCCGUCA